GCUCAGAAAAAAGCGUUGUCUAGUUAUUGAUUGUUAUAUAUGCUUGCCAUGGCCCUGCCUGAAGAAACAGGCAGAUAUGCAGCCAUCGACUCUGCCCACACCCUACUCUAUCAAGACGUUUUCCACUAGCUGCACUAGCUUCAAGGUGCCAAGCAGCAGCCGACCAACAUCCCAUUGCAAUAAUUGAGUCUGUGCUGUACGGCCACUUCAUCCGCUGGGACGAUAAAGACCGGGUUGUUAUUACUGACUUCAGGGCGCUACUCACAGAGCUGCAGAGCCGGGGUAUGGCUGCAUCGCAGGUCGAUUCACUGCAGAAGAACUUCAACGACUACAAGUUCAAGCGAAUCACUGACCAGCGCCGCCUCCGUCACAUCAACGAAAAGCGGACGGUGAUAUUUGAGCACGAGUUUUUCAAGCCUGGCCGCCCGGACCUGCUUGAGCGCAUCGUCCGCAAGUCAGCAGAGCUGAAGGCCAAGCGGAUGCGUCUGGCUGAGCGUGAGUCGCAGCAGCAGUCGCAGAUCGCCAGCAACUACGGCCACCACCAGUCGCUGCCGCCGCCACUGCCCCAUAGGAAUCGGGUGCGCUCGGAGGACUCUAAGUCUGUCAGUCGGAAAUCAAGGGCUGUCUCUGGUAGAGCUGCCGGCGGCCGCACUAUGCGGUCGGUAACCGGGGAGCGACCAGCUCCGUAUUCUCGUAGCGUCCCAGUGGACUAUGGUCUCUCCAUGCCGGCUCAGGCGCCGGCCCAGCACCCACACCACCUCCCAGCCCAACAGAUGAUGCCUACUGGUUUGGCGCAUAUUGCGAUGCACACAUCAGCUGGCUCGUCGUCGGACCUCUCAACCCAUUUUGGGGCUCACGAAUUCAGCUUUGGCUCCCGUAGCGACUUCUCUGCAGGCCACCAUAGCGCACCGGCCAUAGGCAGCGAAACCAUGCAUCACACAGCGUUCUACGUGGGCCACGGCACACCAGCAUUCUCAUUCCCUGGCCAUAUCGGCUAUGCAGCGCCUGUUCAACUUUCGAACACGCAGUCCUCCGCUGGCGGCUCUCCGCUUCAGCAGCUCGACAGUCAAGCCAACGGCUUUGGCUACUAACUCCAACAUGUCAACAUAGCGCCAUAGUCAUUCCUCCUUUAGUUCGUGCCUAGCUUUGCUCACCCUUCCCCCUUCCAUCGUUCUCUUUCACUUUGUCUCCCCCAUGUAUCUGUCAAUAUUACUCUGUAUCUGGAGCCUUGGAAAGUGAGCCUGUGUAGAAAAAGUAAAGGUGAUGGAAUAAAAAUGUAAAAUCAAGGGAAAA